AUGAGCACCUCUGCUUCUAGCAGAACCUCUACGAGCGGUAUCAUAUCAUCACUUAUCUCUUCAGCAACCUUAUCUAGCUCAGAAAGCACUCUGCAUACAUCCACCGCGUUCCCUUCAAGUCUUAUUAGCAUAUCUACUUCACAAAUAUUCGAGUCAGGCUCCACCUCAUCAAAUAGAUAUCAAUCGGAUUCAGCUUUUUCCAGCAUCUUUUCAGCCACCAAAUUUCCAUCAGAUACCACUAUUCUCAGCUCUGUGUCUUUCUCCGAUAUCACCACUAGUACCAAAUCUUCAACUACUUCUACUACAAGCUGUAGCGCAACUCCAAGCAGCACUAAUCCAUGCCCAGAGCUUCAACUAGUCGGCAAUGAUCCUGAUCCACUUGAUGAGGAUAAACCUAUUACGAACAAAAAGGUUGCAGAAUGCGAGAAUUGGUUAGAAUCAAACGUCGAACCUCCCGAGGGCUCAACUAAUUCUCCAGGAUACAUAGCCUGGGACCAGAUGCGUGAUCGAUGUAAUCGCAUUGAGAAUGUAGAUAAGAAUGUUGCCAUAAGAAAAGAAUACAUACUCCAACAAUCUUCUGUAUUCCGGUAUGAAUGUGUUCAAGAGGCUGUUGCGUGGCUUAAAAAACACGCGGAUAAAAUACCGGGUCUUCUUGAGUGGUUGGAGGAGCAUAAGGAUGAUUGGCAUUCUCCAUGUGGUCCGGGGAUAUGA